UGCGUAGCUCAGGCACUUCUCUCUUUCACCAACAGAAGAUGGUCCAGUAAGAGAUAUUAUCUCCACCCCCUUGUGUCUCUAAUAUCCUGGGACCGACAAGGCUACAACAGUGUAACCCUAAUUCCUGCCCAGUACAGAGGGCAAGCCCAGGAAGGGAGCGACUGGAGAGUGAAUCUACCAUGUGUUCACCCCACAGUGCAGCUCCAGCAGCUCGUGUAUUUUGUACGGCUGAGUCCAGAUCCCCACUCUCACCCCGCAGCAGUGGCUCCAGCAGGGUCUUGAGGAGCUGGGCCUGGUGCCCUGUUCUGGGCAUUGCCUCAUGGCAUGUGAGGUUGCAGAGCUGCCCAGGUUUGGUCUGCCCAGCCCUCCAGCAUGGUGGCAGAGGGUCAGGUGUGCAGGCUAAAUGUAAGUGGGGCUGUGACCUGGAGCUCCAGGUUGCUGCGACACUCACUGAAGUUUGGCCUGCCUGUCCCGUCAUGACAGAGGGUCAGGAGGAGGUACAACUCUUUGUGCCAGUAUACAACACCCACAGCAGGGGGCCGGGUCCAGCUGCCAGAGCCACGACUGUGGGGGGUGUCACAGACAGAAAAAAAGUCACAGGAAAACGCUGUCCAUUACUUAUUUCACACAGUGACAAACCUGAACCCAUAAUAAUGGUACGAACUUUCAAGCCUCCCUGGGCCCUCCAAGUGGUCCCCGCAACUGGUACAUCCACAUCACCUGCAACAGCUAUUCCUCUAUCGGUGUGUAAACUUUGCCAUGCUGAGUUGGGUUGUUUGUCCUUUCAGAUGUCGGUGACGUUUGAGGAUGUGGCCAUGUAUUUCUCCCCAGCGGAGUGGGCACUGCUGGGCGAGGAGCAAAGGCAACUUUACAGACACGUCAUGUGGGAAAAUUACCAGACUCUGGUCUCGUUAGGAAUCCAGACCCCCAAGCCAGUGGUGAUCUCCAGCAUAGAGCGAGGGGAAGAGCUGUGUGCCCAGGGUCCCACAGAAGAUGGAGACAUCCUGAGAGGCACCCGCCCAGAUUUUCCAGAUGCAGAAGAGACCUGGGACUGGCCAGCAAUUGAAAGCUCCUUGGGCUUCUUCCUCACACAAAGCUCUUCCCCUGGAGCAGCAGGGGCGAGGAACCUGAUCAGGGCUGAGGGGCAGACUCCUGAGGAAGGGCGUGGCAACCUGGAGCCACUCAGGCCUUUCCCAGGGACAUCAGGGGAGAACCAUUCCAAGAAAACUGAGUGGGGAAGACACCACAAGAGGCAGGGCAGGCCACAAAAGCAGAGGAAGAAUCUGACCAGGAAGGAGCCAGCAACCCCAAGAAGUCAUCAGAGGAGAUCCAGGUCACAUCUAAAGCCACCUGAAAAGGGACAAUCUGAGCCCAGAAAGACCCUAUAUACCUGCCGUGUGUGCAGGGAAGAAUUCAAGGUGCAGAGAGACCUGAUAAGCCACCACUGGACAGUUCAUAGAAGACAGAAACUGUAUCACUGUAGCGAAUGUGGGGAGAGCUUCAGGAGAAAGAAGGCAUUCAAAGCACAUGGGAAAACCCACAGAAAGGAGAGAGCCCAUCCCUGUUCUGAGUGUGGGAAGAUAUUCAGCCAGUUAUCACUGCUCACUGCCCACCAGAGAAUACAUACGGGAGAGAGACCCUAUCGCUGUGCUGAGUGCGGAAAAAGAUUCUUCCAAAUAACAGCUCUUACCAUCCACAAGAGAAUCCACUCAGGAGAGAGACCCUAUGCCUGCGCUGAGUGUGGAAAGAGAUUUAUGGAUUCAUCAACAUUUCGUAAUCACCAGAGAAUCCACUCAGAAAAGAGACCCCAUCGCUGUAGCCAAUGUGGGAAAGGCUUCAAACUUACAUCAAGUCUUACUAGACACCAGAAAAUCCACAGCGGAGAGAGACCCUUCCUGUGCCAUGAGUGUGGGAAACAAUUCUGCCUACGAGAACAUCUCAUUAGACAUCAGAGGAUCCACACUGGGGAGCAACCCCAUUGCUGUGGUGAGUGUGGGAAAAAAUUCAGUCUCCUUCAAAGUCUCAGGAGACACCAAGGAAUCCAUCGUACUGGGGGACCGCAUCGAUGCGCUGAGUGUGGGAGAAUAUUCGGUCAUCCAGAAAGUCUCACUCUGCACCAGAGGAUCCACACUGGGGAAAGACUCCAUCACUGUGGUGAAUGCGGGAAAAAGUUUGUCCGUCUAGUACAACUCAGAGUCCACCAAAGAAUCCAUACUGGGGAGAGACCCUAUUACUGUACUGAGUGUGGGAAAAGAUUCACCCAAUCGUCAGGCCUUAUCAAUCACCAGAGAAUCCAUUCAGGAGAGCGACCCUAUCCCUGCACUCAGUGCGGGAAGGUCUUUGCUCACUCAUCGUCUCUUACCAAACAUCAGAAAAUCCAUUUGGAAAAGAAGCCAUACUCCUGCGCUCAGUGUGGGAAGCGCUUUGCUCGCUCAUCAUCUCUCACUAAACACCGGAGCACCCACUCAGGAGAGCGACCAUAUUCCUGCGCUCAGUGUGGGAAGCGCUUUGCUCGCUCAUCAUCUCUCACUAAACACCGGAGCACCCACAUAGGAUAGAGACUCCUGACUCUUGUGUUUGAUUGGAGAAACCUCUUCAAUCUCUCAUUUCACUCUUUUCCCAAAGCCUGUAAAAGAGGGAACCUGCUCCCACUCUGAACUGCUCCCACCUCCUCACUAACCAGGCAUUAGGUUCAGUGCAGGGUUUGUUAAAAUAAUUUGUGUGGCCCUGGAGAUGGGAGAAUUUCACCCUAGAGGCACCAAAACAAUCCUUGUGGGUUGCAGCUGGGCCAGGGAUGACUGGAGUCGGGACUGUGCUUUAGAGGCCCAGGCCAUUCACUCACUGUGGCUCCCAUCCUCUCGGGCUCCGCUAAUGGAAUGUGUUUUAUUUCCUUUCUUUUCCCCUUGGAAAAUGGAAAAAUGGACAAAGAUUCUGGCACAGACUGAAAAGGAGCUUUCUUCUCCUGCGUUAAUGAAAGGUUGUGACAUCCCCUGCAUGUACUGAAUCAAAAGGAAGGGCAUUUUGAUUUGGCUUUGAGAUAAAAUUAUGAUGCAAGCUGUAUGCAUAAUGCAGCCAGGGCCCUGUCUUCACACCUAAUCGCCAGGCAAGCAAUACCAGCUAGGACUGGAAGGUUGGAGCCUGGACUUUCUGGGUCACACCAAUGAUAAUACGGCUAAAGUCAAGACACCACUUUUCUGAAAUAGUUGAACCUCUCAGACAGUACAUCAGACACAACAUUUCUUAGAAACAGCGGCAAUAGGUGGUGUGGGAUAAUAUUUUAUUUUGAUGAUGCACUUCUUGAUGGAUAGACGAGUCAGAUUUGCAUCCCCUAGUCCAGUGGUUCUCAACCAGGGGUACGUGUAUCCCUGAGGGUAGGCAGAGGCCUUCCAGGGGGUACAUCUCAUCUAGAUAUUUGCCUAGUUUUACAGCAGGCUACAUAAAAAGCACUAGGAAAGUUACAAACUAAAAUUUCAUACAGACAAUGACCUGUUUAUAUUGCUCUAUAUACU